UCACUUUUCUCAAACUUACAAAAAACAAAAAAACAAAAACAAACAAACUUUUAGGCUCAUUCUCAGCACAACAAAAAUCAUCAUGUCUGAACCAUCAGAAAAUAUGUUAACUUUGACAACUUUUGACAAGGACGAAUUCUCCGUGGAGCAGUCACUGGCCAUCCAGUCGGAGCUCAUCAAGAACAUGAUCGAGGACGAGUGUGAAUUGACCACCAUUCCAUUGCCAAACGUGACCACCAAGGUCUUGGAAAUGAUCAUCGAGUUCUGGAGGAAGCACGCGGACUCAAAGGCUCCGGAGGAAGACUUAAAGAAGUUUGAUGCCGAGUUCAUAGAAAAACCUAUACCGGAACUCUUCCAGCUUGUUCAGGCCGCGGACUACUUGAACACUCAUGAUUUAUGGGACUUGACUUGCCAGAAGAUUGCUGACAAUAUCAAAGAUAUGAUGCCGGAGGAGGUCAGGGAGAUAUUCAACAUCGAAAAUGACUUGACACCGGAGGAGGAGGAGGAGAUUCGGAGGGAGUAUGCUUGGGCAUUCGAGGUGUGA